AUAUGGCUUGCAGUUAUGAAUAUGUAUUUGUGGCAUUUUGAGUUGCACAACUGGUUUAAGAUUCCGUUUUUGGUAUUUUAUCAUUAAUAGUUGUGAUAUUUGUGGACAUGUGUUCUUGUUGUAAUUAAAAAUAAUAGUGAUAUUGUGGUAACCGUUGUGUAGACAUAUUGCAUGUCUGAGAGUUGUGGUCAUUAUUACUAAAGCAUGUCGAAGACAGUGCAAAGUGCAAAGUUAAAUUAUUAUUUUUGUUCCGAUUCAGAUUAUUAUUUUUGUUCAGGUUGUCGACAUGCAUGCCGUUAAGGAAAUUAUAUCCAUUUUGGAGAGGAUCAAUAUCACAAAAGAGCUGUUGGAGACCACCAGACUUGGCAAGCACGUGAAUGAACUGAGACGGAAGACAACAGACCAGAGCCUCGCCCGGAGAGCCAAGGUGCUCGUGAAGCGAUGGCGGGACCUUGUCAUACCCAGCGUCACCUCGCCCGGACACACAGGUUCAAAUCGUUCGUCAGCGGAGCGCGCAGUGCGCAGGUUGGGCGGCACCCCGCUCACCUCCCCCGCGCUCUCACGGCAAGUAGUCAGCCCCGCUGUCCCCAGCCCGCGACCUCCUUCGAGGCCAGCGUGGGGCGGGUACGAGUCGGACUCGCAGGACGUGAUCCUGGUGGACGACGACCCGCCGCCGCACGGCGCCGACACACUCAAUGCUGCGAAGCGGCCGCCUUCCCCCACCCCUCCCCCGGAUGAGAAGAAGGCGAAACGAGACAAAAAACCUAAGAAAAAAAGGGGCUACAGCCGCGCGGGGUCGGGCGCGGAGGACGCGGAGCCCUGGGCGGCGCGCAACGGGGGCGCCGAGCGCCGCCGGAACGGGUUCCGCCGCGACCACGCCAAGGUGGACCCCUACGCCGCCCUCGUCAACAAGAUGCCGCCCGCUGGGGCCAAAAAGGUGAAGACGACCAAGGAGCUGCUGCAGGAGAUCCAGCAGCGCGCGGGCCGGGCCCCCUCGCCCCGCUCGCCCCACUCGCCCCACUCGCCCCACUCGCCCGACGUCAUGCUCAUCGAGCCCACGAGUCCGGUGAAAGUGGAGUCUCCUCUCCGCAACGGCAGCAGCGAAUCUCGAGUGCCCUCUCCCAUACCGGAGCGAGAGCCCUCCCCGGAGCCGGAGCCCUGGCAGCCCCUGGAGGACUACAGGGAGCCCCGCGAGUGCACCUGCGGGGAGGAGGAGGAGGACGAGCGCUGCGCAGCGAGGACAGCCAGACUCCGGCCGGUGUUGCCCAGCCACGUCCGCGCGCUGCACUGCGCCCUCCUGCCCGGCAUCAACGGCACCAGGGCUCCGCUGGUGCCUCACCAGUACGCCGUGAGGAAGACAGAGGACCCGGAAAGACCUGGACUGUUCAAUAGUGUUGUGCCCCUGUAUAAAUAUUCCGAUUACGCGGACGAUUUUUGCACGAAAAAUAUGGACCGUGUCCCUUUGUGUACGCAUUUGCCGUGGACGGAGUUCGCGCCCGCGCCCCCCUCGCCGCCGCCGCCCCCCUCGCCGCCCCCCCUCCGGCCCUAUCCCGUCGACGAGCCCGAGGUAGAGAUAAAGAAAGAGAAGGAAGAGUUUAUGGAGACAGACAGUGAAGUAGAUAGGGUGCCGGUCGAAGCGGAAAUGGUCGGAAUGCCUCGGCUUGAGCCUAGUGAUAGGCUGAAACCGCCGAUACUGACGCCCGAGGACGAAACUCAGUUCAGUUACAGCGUGAAGAGUGUAAAGAAGAUGGAGACGGAGGAGAAAUUCGAGUGUUACUCGCCCGAGCAUCGAACCGUAGAGCGGACGAAAGACGGCGGGCAGGCGUUGUACGACCAAUGCUGUCGAGUGAAAGACUCCAUUCCUUAUGACUACAAGCAGUUCUCUUCAGCGCCCAUGCUGACGCUGCCGGAGGACAGCGCGGCGGUGGCCGGCGCUGUGGCCGCGGCGCUGGCGGAGGCGGAGGCGGGGGCGGGGGCGGGGGCGGGGGCGGAGAGCGGGAGAGACGAUCUGGGGAGGCCGGGGCGCCGGCCGGGGUUCGCGGAGUGGCACGAGUGCGCCCGCGUGGGGGCGCUGCUAGCCCUUCCGUACGUUGUCAUCGACUGACACAGUGCCAAACAGCCUCUGUGCGUUCAAGUGUCCUUAUGUUUAGAUGUAAGUGUACCCCGUGUAUAUAGUGUGGGUGGGUCGGGUUGUCGUGUAAAUUGUCACGGUGCGAUUUAGUCACGUUUCUGUUACGUCACGUUUGAAAUUCGUCACUGAAUCAUGGAACUUUCCUUAGCUUAUAGAUGCAUCAGCUGCAAAAAGCAAAAACAAGUAAACGUAAUUUUUAAACACCUGAUAGUGCUUUGAUUUGUCGAUAACACACCAUGAAACCAUAACUACAUACAUAUCAUAGGCAUUUUUUGAACUUGCGUGUGUUUAAACCUCAUCUUUGCUUUCCGUCAGGUUCGAUUGAGGUCACACACUCGAAAAUUUAAUAAAAAAUAUUUUAAUUUAGUUUCGUUCCAUUAGACAGUCUAUUCUCAAGCACAUUUUGUUUGAAAUUUUUUAUAGAACCUAUGAAUUAUUUCUUAUGACAUUAUAAUAACAACAUUUUAAAACAUUAAAAGAUUCUUGUACUGUUGUUUGUUGCACACAAUUUAAUAAUUUAACGUGCUUCCACAAAAUUGAUGACGAAUUGACAACUGUGACAAAAUGCACUUGUGACGAAUUUUCGUGACGAAAUGCGACUCCUGCGUGCGGUAUCGGUCGGUGUGAGAGCUCGAAUAUGUACAUAUAAUGUAGACAACGUUCCGUGUGAGCCGAGCUUUAUUUUUAAAUGUUUAUUACGCUCAUUGUUAAUUAUUCACUAAUUUAUAUACACUAUUGUAUAGUUGGCAGAACGGGUGUAUUACGGACUCUAUUUCUCGAGUUUAGAAGUCUCAUGUUCGCGUGUUGAGGUUGCAUUCUCAACUGUGAAGCCCUAAGUCGGCGUAAGAAAUAUACCUUUUGAAGUAUCGGCUGUAAUUUUAUGACCGGCUACCCUGUUUGACUUCAUACCUUUAUGGGAAUGCCGAUGUGGCCUAUCAGUUGUCAAGGCUCCUUGCCCCUCGUACGACAUCUACGGGUAGAUAUCGAGUGGCCCUAUUCUAGGGCGCUAAACACACUUCACGACAUCUGAAAAUAUACUUGAGCAUUGUAUUGUACAGUCGGGUGAUAAACCUGAUAAUGUGGUAGUGAGUUACUUAGGUCAGGUUUCCGCGGCGCCGACUGUACUUUGCACAUACAUACGUUUGCAUAUGAAUUUUAUAAUAGAUUUAAAUAAUCCGCAUUAAAUUCGAAUACCGACUAUGUCUGAAUACGAAGGUCUUAUUGCAACGUUUCGACACAGGUAACACCUGUGUUGGUCACUUGAACUUCCUGCUAAUAGCUUGGAGAAAUCGUGUUUUUAUUGUAUCCUUUUUGCUAACUAUACAACACACUGCCGUAAUAUGGAAAGUAGACGUUAUAUUUUCGACGUGUUCGAUUUUUUUUCGAAGUGAAGUAAUAUUUUAGAAUAGUAUUUUUUGGCGAAUUCGAAUCAAGUGUACAACCUGACAACUAAGAAUGCCGUUGCUACGGACAAAAACAGAUCUAUCGUAAGACGAAGCGAGGGGCGUCCCUUCUCAUUUUAUUUAAUAACUAGCUGCCCAUCCCGGCUUCACUCAGAUAGAACCAUAGGAUAUUAUACUCCUUCCUCAGGAAUGACAAUAUCUAUUUUAAAAAACCGCAUCAAAAUCCGUUGCGUAGUUUUAAAGAUCUAAGCAUACACAUGGACAGCGGGAAGCGACUUUGUUUUAUACUAUGUAUUGAUUGAUGUACCUAACUGUUUCAAGUCGAUAGAUUAUAUGAAUUAACUGAAAAUAUUGCAUUGAAACGCCAAUUAUUUUCACAGUUCACAAUUUCUCGGCAGUUUUUAGAAACUACAAAGUUUAUGAUUUCAUGGUGAACAAAUUUUCGAAAAGAAAAACCUAUAUUUCCAAAACUUUUAACAAUUCGUCGACAGUUAACAAUAAAAUAAGUAAAUUAAAUAAUAAAAUAAAUAAUGUUUAAUUUUUUUUCUGUCAAAUAGAAAAAAAAAACAUUACUUUGCGUCUAUUUUCCUUACAACAGAGCAUAUAUAUAUAUAUAUAUAUUUGGUUUUAUUAACAAUGUGCGUUAUUCGUGUUUACAGUCGAGUGUCGACCGAUGUGUUUUAGUCAUGUAUUUAUUUUACAUCUUUCUAGGCGGAAACAAAUUGCAAGGAGGGUCGAGUUGUGAUAUUAACGUAUUUGCGUGUGAAUAUGGUGGGGUGUUUCCUUUCGGCGUGGUUGGGAACGCAAACGGAUUUAAGGAUUUUUCAAUUCAAAUUAUAUAUUAAAAUUAUUAUUAUGUUGUCUCAGGAAUCGUAAGUUAUUCCUUAAUGGGUCCAAAAUGUAGGGGUCUUGAGAGUUUGUUCUAAAUUGAUAUGGGGCAUAGUCAUGUCGGCGGCAAGCAUACCAUGGAUGUUAUUUUUUAUUUAGCGAAAUUUGAAGAUUUGGUUGUGAUCUUACGACCGGCCGCGCGUUUGACGUCGCUCUAUGGGAAUAUGUUGUCAAGGCUGCUUAUCCCUUAGUCGUCUCGUACGUCUACCGGAGCAUAUGGAUUGGUCCUAUUAGGGCGGAUACAAAAUCCUACUAAUAAAUUGCCUGUUAGUUGUGAGAAUGGAUGGAUGUUUACGCAAAAGCUGCUGGGUAGUUGAAAAUUUUACUAGGUUUAUGUUUUACGCUGGCCCCGGGUAACUCCACACACGAGAGGGAAAGAAAUUGAUAUAAAUUAAAAAAAUACAUUAACAAUGAAAACAUUCCUUUUUUGGUUAUUCAAUUAAAUAAUGUUUUAAUAAAAUUCCGUAGGUUUUUGAAAAAAAAAAAAUCUGGUGCGUUUUCAAUCACGUUCAGCCGUGAACUAUCGGCGUCGGCAGUUCCGAAGUUUCUAAAGUGUAUCGAGACCAAAUUGUUUUUCAUUUAAUAAAAAUAUAUAUAUAUAUUUUUGUAUCUGUCUGUUCGUUUGGUCGCCGCUGAUAGUUCGCGGCUUACUUUUACUCUGUGGACAUUUAGCUCGGGCGCAAAACUUCAGUCCCGCCAAAGGUCACAAAAAGCACGUCGCUCAAAAUGUCACCUGUAUUUAUUUUGCGAAAGAGACGCCAUGAGAACGGAACCUUUUAUUGGACAUUGUGAGGAAUUGACAUUUUGCGCCCGAUCGAGACCUUUAUCCGAUCCACCAUCGUUGUAUAGGAAGUUAUUCCCAUUUUAAGACAAAAAUUCUCUAGACUGUCAUAAUGAGUUCUUGUUACCGAUUGUGAUUUAAAAAAAUUGAGAAAUUAGGUAAUUAAUAAUAAUAGGAGUUCCAAUUGUAUUAUAUACAUAUAUAUAUUGCUAUAUCAUUCAGUCAGAUAUCAAAUUACUAUAUAAUUGCAAGAUGUGCGUCUCAAAAUGACCACUAACUGUGAGUGUUCCAAAUAUUCAAUGGAGAUGCGUCAUAAUUACAAAACAAACGAAUAUCGAAUAUCUUUCAAUUUUCGUAUGUACAGUCGAGGGCAGACAAAACUGAACCCUGUGGUAGUAAGUUAUUUAGUUGAGGUGUUAGGUUUAUCUACCCCCUGUCUAUAGAGUAGAAAACUGCUUUUUUACGAACCAAAUUUUUUGUCAUUGCAAUAUCAAAUAUAAUAGUCUGGAUUGGUUGAUAUACACCCAGAGUUGCCGGUCAAGAGGACACAGCGUCCUCCUUUAUUUUCUACACUCUAUAGACAGACAGUAUUUGUUAGCCUAUAUAUUAUUAAAAGUCAAAUCUUUUUACUAUUUAGAACAUAUGCUAGAUAAUUUGUAAUAUUUUGCGAUGUUCUAAGUAAUUUUAAAGGUCUAUCUUGUAACAUAAUAAUAACGAAACAAUGUCACGCCAAAUUGAAUUUGGUAAUUUUUCCGAUCAUGACAUUUUAUUGUAUUUUUAUACUUAGUUCCACGAACUAUAGAAGUUUGGUGAAAUGUUUGUAAAUGAUUGACGCAUCUCCGUUAUUUUUGUUUUAAGGACGUCGAUUGCUAUCUGUGAGUUGGUCUCUUGCGCCAAAGCUUAUAAAAGCAUUAUUUUGAAGUCAAAUAGAAUACUCCCAAAUUGAUAUAACAUUGAUAUUACACAUAGUACAUGGGUUGCUGGAGGUGUACAAGUAUAUUUUGCUUUUUUAUCACAUAAUUUCUGUAAAAAUCACAGAUUCUAUCAUUGGUCACUGAAAAAUAUCAAUUUUCUAAUUGGGUUAAAUUUGACUGACCAUAUGAAAGCACAUAUUAAUUUUGCCAAAUAGAUGUUAGCGAUGUAGAUACAGUUUUAAGUUUAUAGGUUAGGUUAAUAUGCCAAUUUUCAAGUCGCCUUGUGCAUUGCUCAAAAUUAAAGGCGGCAUUUUGGCGUCUAAGACAUCUUACUUUUUACUAUUUGUCGGAAGAUUUUUGACGUUAUAACUAGUCAUAUUUCCAGUAUUUAUUCAACAGCUCCAUAUUUAAUGUAAAAUUAGUUUUAAUUAAAUAAUACACCGCUGCCGGAUAGCGAAUGUUUGAUACCUAUAUGCAUAAAUAUAUAAUAUAUAUUUAGGUGUCGUAAAUACUGGAGUGGAAAUAUUAUCUUCAUAUCCAAAUCUUAGUUCAAAGACAAUAAUUCUAAGUACACGAUACAGUACAAAAGUUUACUAACACAUGAAAAUUGGUCAUGAUACACGUGUGACUUCAAAUUUAUUCGUGAAAAUAAAAAAAAAAUGUCUCGAACUAGUUAAUUAAAAAUAAUUAUUCGAAAACAAAAGAAAUUUAUAUAUAUAUAUAUAUAUAUAU